AUGAGUAAGCUGUCCUUGGAGCCCCAGCAGGUGCCGGGUCGCAGUGCGGAUUGGGGCUCAUCCCCGACGGGGCGGGAGGCCCUGGGACGGCGGCAGAAGGAGCCGAGGCCGCGCGGGGCCCUGCGGGGGGCUCCGCGGGCGCGCAGCUUGCGCGCUGCCCCGCGGGUCUCAGAGACGAGCUGCAGCAAGCGCGACUCGGGGUCGAGCGCGGAGACACCCGGGGACGUGUUCGCCCGCUCGGAUCAGUACCGGCAGGUCGCGAGCCCCAGGACUGACCCCUACGCGGCGGCCCAGCUGCACAACCAGUACGGCCCCAUGAAUAUGAAUAUGGGCAUGAACAUGGCAGCCCACCACCACCACCACCACCCCGGUGCCUUUUUCCGCUACAUGCGGCAGCAGUGCAUCAAGCAAGAGCUCAUCUGCAAGUGGAUCGAUCCCGAGCAGCUCGCCAGCCCCAAAAAAAGUUGCAAUAAAACUUUCAGCACCAUGCACGAGCUGGUCACCCACGUCUCGGUGGAGCACGUCGGGGGGCCCGAGCAGAGCAACCAUGUCUGCUACUGGGAGGAGUGUCCCCGCGAAGGGAAGCCCUUCAAGGCGAAAUACAAACUGGUCAACCACAUCCGUGUGCACACGGGCGAGAAGCCCUUCCCCUGCCCCUUCCCUGGCUGCGGGAAAGUUUUCGCCAGAUCGGAAAACCUCAAAAUCCACAAAAGGACGCACACAGGCGAGAAGCCCUUCCAGUGCGAGUUCGAGGGCUGCGACCGGCGCUUCGCCAACAGCAGCGACCGCAAGAAGCACAUGCACGUGCACACGUCGGACAAGCCCUACCUGUGCAAGAUGUGCGACAAGUCCUACACGCACCCCAGCUCCCUGC